AUGCUUGUUCUUGAAUAUCUUUGUAAAUCUGUAUUAACAUCUUCAAAUAAUACUGCUGAUAGUAAAGAUGAACGUGAACAAGCAUUACUUGAUGUUAUACAAGCAGCUGGUUUACAAGCAUUUGAUCUUAAACGUUUAUUAAGUCUUGCUCGACAAGCACAAUUUUGGCGUGUUUGUGAAAUAAUUUAUUCGGAAAGCAAUGAUUAUGAUCUCAUUCUUGAAUGUUAUUUGAAUGAUCCACGACGAAAAUCAGAUGUAUUCCGUUAUAUAAGAACAUUAUGGCCAGCACUUGAUGAACGGGAACGAACAAAAAUUCAAAAUAAAAUGAUGGAUCAUUUUAUUACUAUAAUUGAAACUGAUUCAUUGAAAGCAUUUAAAUUGUUUUGCAUUUUUUUUCAAAUGGAUUUAGGAAAAGUUUUAAAAUUAAUUGGAAAAAAUGAAACUGCACAAUACAAAAUAUUAAAGGGUUGUUUUGAAUAUUGUGAUGAUUUAAAAAAUUCAUCUUCACCAAACAUUCAGAUAGAUCCGUCCCAUUAUUUACAUUAUAUUGAAUUACUUGCCCAGAAUGAUCCAUCUCAAUUAUUAUCAUUUCUUAAAAAUAAAUCCGAAAAUUAUCGUGAACAAGAUGUUCUUGAUAUAAUACAAAAAUAUCAAUCGCCAUUAUUAAUACCAUCAAUUGCAUAUCUUCUUGAACGUCUUGGUAAAUAUACUGAAACAUUUGAUCUUUUAUUAAAUUCAAUGUAUGAAUGGCAAACAACGGAACAAUUAUAUCAAAUGGCAUUAGAUUGUGUUCAUUUUCUUCAACGUACAACAGCUAAAUUAAAAAAUAAAAAAGAACGUGAAGAUUUAUGGUUAAAAUUUUUGCAAAGAAUCUUAGAAAUAUCAUCGAAAUCUUUUGAUAAGGAACAAUCAGGUGCAUUACAUCGUAUAUAUGGUGAAAUAUUAAAAAGUAUGAUUGGUUAUGUUACACUGCCAUCAAUUCUCGAACUUAUAAUGGGUACAGAUGCUGUGGAUAUAACAAAAGGUAUAAGAAGCAGAUCCAAUACAAAUACACGUAGUACAUUUGAAAUUCGACAAUUAAUUCAAUCAAUGUUAGAAAAUUGUUCAUUUGAAUUACGUUUACUUGAAACAACCCGACGUUUAUUACAACGUGAUUUAAAUGAUGAUAUACAACAAAUGUGUACAAUUAUGAAUCGUAGUGUACCCAUACGUUUCAAUCAAUGUACAUAUUGCCAAAAAUUACUUCAUCAACAACAAGAUGUUGAUAAAAAACCACAGCAAAAAAAUAAACUUGUUAUAUUUGCUUGUCGACAUAUUUUUCAUUUACAUUGUUUAACAGAAAUUCAAACCGCACAAACAAAUAAUAAUUUUUGUCCACAAUGUACAACAAGUCAAGCAUCAUCAACAACGACAACAACAGCAACAACAACUACAUCAGUAACAACUGUACGACCAGAUCCAAGACGAUUAAUUGCAAUGCAUAGUGAUCAAAAUGAUAAACAAAUAGCUUUAAAUAAUAUCCAACAACAAGUUAUUACAGCUAUACUUGAAAGAAAACGUUUAAAUACUCAUCAUUUAAAUGUCGACGAUAAUGACGAGAUAAUGGAAACAUCUAUCAAAGAACCAUUAUCAUCAUCAUCAAUUCCAUUACAACUAUCAGACAAAUGGCGAGAGUAUCUUUCGUCCACAGAAUGA